AUGUCGGACGUCUCGUCGGAUCUCGGCGGCAUCCGGGCGGGGCCCGUGGAGCGUGACAUCGAGCAGGUGCGUGCUGCUAACCCUUCUCUGGGUGGAUCUAUUUCCCCUCCCCCCGUCCCUGGUUCUACUGCGGGUGCAACUGAGAUGUGGAUGGGUAGAUCAUCAUCUAUCGCCUACCGCUUACGUGCUCUCCUUCUGCGUGUCGCGGAUAGAUUUCCCCUCCCCCCGUCCCUGGUUUUACUGCGCGUCCCAGGUUCUACUGCGGGUGCAAUUGUGGUCUGUUUUAUAUCUUCAAAAUGUGAAGUAUGGAAGUUGCAUGCUCCUGGUUGCUUGUUUUUUUUCCCAUAUAUUGAUGACUUGGCCAUCACUGCUCUCAAGAAAGGAGCAUACUUGCUGAAGUAUGGGCGUAGAGGAAAGCCCAAGUUUUGUCCAUUCAGGUUAUCCAAUGAUGAAUCUGUACUGAUAUGGUUCUCAGGGAAAGAAGAGAAACAUCUAAGGUUGAGCCAUGUAUCCAGGAUAAUUCCUGGGCAACGGACUGCAAUUUUUCAGAGGUAUCCACGGCCUGAGAAGGAAUGCCAGUCUUUUUCUCUAAUUUCACAUGAUAGGUCAUUGGAUAUAAUAUGCAAAGAUAAAGAUGAAGCUGAAGUAUGGUUUGCUGGGCUGAAAACACUGAUUUCACGUUGCCACCAAAGAAAAUGGAGAACUGAAUCUAGAAGUGAUAUCCUUUCCUCUGGUGCAACUAGUCCGAGGACUUACACACGACGGAGUUCUCCUUUGAGUUCACCUUUCAGCAGCAAUGACAGCAUCCACAAGGAUGGCAGUGACAAUUACCGACUCCGUACUCCAUAUGGGAGCCCACCAAAGAAUCGAUUGGAGAAGGCAUUUUCUGAUGUCAUGUUGUAUGCAGUUCCUCCCAGGGGUUUCUUUCCAUCAGAUUCUAAUGCUGAAUCAGUCCAUUCUAUGUCUUCUGGACACUCGGAUAACACAAAUGGGCACCCCAGAGGCGUCCCAAUGGAUGCUUUCCGAGUCAGUUAUUCAAGUGCCGUUAGUUCAUCUAGUCAUGGUUCUGGUCAUGAUGAUGGUGAUGCUUUAGGCGAUGUUUUCAUAUGGGGAGAAGGAACCGGGGAAGGAAUUCUUGGCGGUGGUGGUUCAAGAGUUGGAAGCUCCUCAGGUGCAAAAAUGGACUGCCUUGUACCAAAACCAUUAGAAUUUGCCGUGCGACUUGAUGUGCAGAACAUAUCUUGUGGAGGAAGGCAUGCUGCACUUGUUACUAAACAAGGUGAGAUAUACUCAUGGGGUGAGGAAUCAGGGGGACGGCUUGGUCAUGGUGUUGAUUGUGAUGUGUCAGAGCCAAAACUUAUUGAUGCUCUUUCUCAUAUGAACAUUGAGCUUGUAGCAUGUGGCGAAUACCACACUUGUGCUGUUACACUAUCUGGAGAUCUUUACACAUGGGGGGAUGGCACAUUUAAAUUUGGGCUUUUGGGUCAUGGAAAUGAUGUCAGUCACUGGGUACCAAAGCACGUGAAUGGACCAUUAGAGGGUAUACAUGUUUCAUCAAUUUCAUGUGGACCUUGGCAUACAGCCCUAGUAACUUCUGCUGGACAGCUUUUCACAUUUGGUGAUGGAUCAUUUGGGGUUCUGGGCCAUGGAGAUCGUGAGAGUAUCUCGGUCCCCAGGGAAGUUGAAUCUCUCAAAGGGCUACGCACGGUGCGGGCAGCUUGUGGUGUUUGGCACACUGCUGCAGUUGUAGAAGUCAUGGUUGGGAAUUCAAGUUCUAGCAAUUGUUCUUCUGGUAAGAUAUUUACAUGGGGUGAUGGUGAUAAAGGUCGCUUAGGUCAUGGUGACAAGGAACCAAAACUUGUCCCAACCUGUGUGUCUGCUUUGGUGGAGCCCAAUUUUUGUCAGGUUGCUUGUGGGCAUUGCUUGACAGUAGCCCUAACAACUUCUGGGCAUGUGUAUACAAUGGGCAGUGCUGUCUAUGGUCAACUUGGGAAUGCACAAGCUGAUGGUAUGCUUCCUGUGCGUGUUGAAGGGAAGCUACACAAAAACUUUGUGGAGGAGAUUUCAUGUGGUGCUUAUCAUGUGGCUGUAUUGACUUCUAGGACUGAGGUAUACACAUGGGGAAAAGGUGCAAAUGGCCGGUUAGGUCAUGGCGAUACUGAUGAUAGGAAUACUCCUACAUUGGUUGAAGCACUGAAAGAUAAGCAAGUCAGAAGUGUUGUUUGUGGAAUUAAUUUCACUGCGGCAAUAUGCAUUCACAAAUGGGUAUCUGGAGUUGAUCAAUCAAUGUGCUCAGGUUGCCGUCAGCCAUUCAACUUGAGGAGAAAACGUCAUAAUUGCUACAACUGUGCUCUAGUAUUUUGUCAUUCCUGCAGCAGUAAAAAAUCUCUGAAGGCUUCAUUAGCACCUAAUACAAACAAGCCUUACCGUGUCUGCGAUACCUGCUACAGCAAACUGACAAAGGGACUUGAGACAGAUAUGCAUUCUUCAGCGAAGCGGGCUGCUACUGUACCGGGAUUCAGUGAUACAAUCGAGGAGGAUCUGGAAACAAGGUCAAAUGCUCAACUAUCAAGGUUGUCGUCAAUGGAAUCUUUGAAGCAUUUAGAUAGCAGAUAUUCCAAGAAAAAUAAGAAGUUUGAAUUUAAUAGCACCCGUGUUUCCCCUGUGCCUAAUGGGAGUUCACAUUGGAGUGGACUAAACAUUUCAAGAUCUUUCAAUCCUGUAUUUGGAUCUUCAAAGAAGUUUUUCUCAGCAUCAGUUCCUGGAUCUAGAAUUGUUUCUAGGGCAACAUCACCUAUUUCAAGAAGAGCAAGCCCUCCACGAUCUACAACACCAACACCUACUCUGGGUGGCCUAACAUCUCCAAGAGUUGUUCCCAACGAUGGCAAGCCAACAAAUGAUGCAUUAAGCCAAGAGGUUCUGAAUUUGAGGUCUCAGGUGGAGAGUCUUACCAGGAAGUCUCAACUCCUAGAAGUGGAGCUGGAAAGAACUACCAAACAAUUGAAGGAAGCUAUUUCCAUUGCCGGUGAGGAAACUGCAAAGUGCAAGGCAGCAAAGGAAGUAAUCAAGUCACUCACUGCACAGUUGAAGGGGAUGGCAGAGAGAUUACCUGGAGGAGCAGCCAAGAACACUAAGUUGCCACCUCUUCCUGGAAUUUCCAUUCCAAGUGACAUUUCGUCUAUGGCUACGGAGAGUGUGGGCAGCCCAAGCAGCUCUGGAGAACAAAUCAUAAAUGGUCAUAAUGGAUUGCUUGCUUCUAAUGGACCAAGUUCUGUUAGGAAUAAGACGAGCCAUCAAGAAGUAGGCAAGAAUGGAAGUAGGCCGCCUGAUGCUGAAUCUUGCCAUGAUGCUGAAUGGGUAGAGCAAGAUGAACCAGGUGUUUACAUUACUCUCACCGCGUUGCCUGGAGGCGCCAGAGAUCUCAAGCGGGUUCGGUUCAGCCGGAAGAGGUUCAGUGAGACACAAGCAGAACAGUGGUGGCAGGAGAACCGGGCGAGGGUAUACCAGCAGUACAAUGUCCGCGUGGUUGACAAAUCAACCGCCAGUGUCGACAAUGACAUUGCGGCUAACUGA